UGUUAAAGUUCUUAUUUCAUGGUAUAACUUUGGUAUGCUUGGACCUAGAGUCUUCAAACUUGACAUGAAGGUUGGCCAGGAUUAACAGAUGACCACUGGUCAUUUCAAGGUCAUUCAUUUGAAGGUCAAGGUCACUGUGACCUUCAAUAUAAAAAAUGUUAAAGUUCUUAUAACUUUGGUAUGCUUGGACCUAGAGUCUUGAAACUUGACAUGAAGGUUGGCCAUAACUAGUUAGUAACCACUGGUCAUUUCAAGGUCAUUCAUUUGAAGGUCAAGGUCACUGUGACCUUGAAUGUAAAAAUGUUAAAGUUCUUAUUUCAUGGUAUAACUUUGGUAUGCUUGGACCUAGAGUCUUCAAACUUGACAUGAAGGUUGGCCAGGAUUAACAGAUGACCACUGGUCAUUUCAAGGUCAUUCAUUUGAAGGUGAAGGUCACUGUGACCUUCAAUAUAAAAAUGUUAAAGUUGUUAUAACUUUGGUAUGCUUGGACCUAGAGUCUUGAAACUUGACAUGAAGGUUGGCCAGAACUAGUAAGUAACCACUGGACAUUUCAAGGUCAUUCAUUUGAAGGUCAAGGUCACUGUGACCUUGAAUGUAAAAAUGUUAAAGUUGUUAUAACUUUGGUAUGCUUGGACCUAGAGUCUUGAAACUUGACAUGAAGGUUGGCCAGAACUAGUAAGUAACCACUGGACAUUUCAAGGUCAUUCAUUUGAAGGUCAAGGUCACUGUGACCUUGAAUGUAAAAAUGUUAAAGUUCUUAUUUCAUGUUAUAACUUUGGUAUGCUUGUACCUAGAGUCUUCAAACUUGAAAUAAAGAUUGGCCAGUACUAGAAGAUGACCACUGGUCAUUUCAAUGUCAUUCAUUUGAAGGUCAAGGUCACUGUGACCUUCAAUGUUAAAAUGUUAAAAUUGUUAUAACUUUGGUAUGCUUGGACCUAGAAUCUCAAACUUGACGUAAAGGUUUGCAAGCACACUUAGAUGACCACUGGUCAUUUCAAGGUCAUUCAUUUCAAUGUCAUUCAUUUGAAGGUCAAGGUCACUGUGAACUUAAAUGUUAAAAUGUUAAAAUUGUUGUAACUUUGGUAUGCUUGGACCUAGAAUCUCAAACUUUGCUCAUGCCUUGAAAAGUACUUACAUUUCAUUUUGACCUUUGAACAAUAUUUCAGUAAUUUAAGUAUUGCAUUGACAAAAACACGAAAGGUACUUUCCUGUCAUUUAAAUAAAAAAUCCGGCUUCAAUGCGGUCAUCUCCGACCGCGGAACUCUUGUUGAUAAUUUGUUCUACUUUAAACUGCAAGAGUCAGGGGUUUUAUGUUUGGUGCGCAGGUCAAAGUCACAAAUGACACUUGAAGUUUGUGAGUAUCGCACCUUUGUUUUCUCAAUGUCUUGUAUUUAAAUUCAGAUGAUAAUCUUACUGUACUGCCAGUUAAUGUGUGUGCCAAUUGGAGGUUGCUUGGGUACAAAAUCAAAUUAGGUGGUAAACAGCAAUACGGUUGCACUAUUACAUGGGAUGUGGUAUUUCCCUAGCAACCAGACAGUCUUAGGUCAUACUUCAUAUUGGCAGCUUCUUCCAAAGACACCGAGCACAGUUUUUUUUUCUUUACAGGAAACAGACCUUAGAGUGGCUUUAUUAAGCUUUGGGCUUUUCAGCAAUCAAGCUAAAAUAUAGAGACACUUAACAGUAUAAAUAUAUAUGUUGUGUGCUUUACCCAAAAAGUCAAAGAAAAAGACUAGAUGGUGUUUUUACUUCUAGAAUCAUUAAACAAUUAGAUAAAAGGUGAAAGUGGUAAUGGUAAGAAAAUGUCAAGUUGUAACUUUAGCCAAUCUCUUGGAAAAAUGACAUUUCUACUAGCCAAAUAAUUAUGGUCAGUCUUUGUCUGCUUUUAAUUGUUAUACAUUUUCUGAGUUAUUUUAAGCAGCAUAUUCAGAAGACCUUUUGAAUACUUUUCAGGUUUACAUGCACCCUGCUUAAAAAAGAAAACUAGUGUGUUUUUAAUACAUUAGCUAGACUGGCUCAUUCAAAUGUAUUAAAUAUUGCAUCACACAGAUGUGUUGUCAUUUAAUGUGUCUCAAACAUAAUCUCUAAACAAUCUUGAUUUAUCUUAAUAUACACAAUAUGAAAACAAAGAAAAUCAAAUCUUAAUUCUGUUCAGUUCAUAUGUGUUUAAACUUGUAUGGUGUCCUAUAUUGGGAACAUUUAUUCCAAUUGGCAUAAGGUUUUCAUAGGUAAGAUAACAUUUUGUAUUUAAAUUACGAAGCAUAACAUUAAAAGCAGUUCUUUGCUCAAGCAAUAUUACUUUUAAUCUGUGUUAGACAUUUAGUCUCCUUCACUUAAACAUAAAUUUCAGCCCAUGUAUCAAUAUACACUAAAACUCACUCCAUUUGGUCUUGCUCAUCAAUCUGUUUAACAUUAUCUAAAUGUCAUCUUUGUAUCUUCCUUGCCACAGUUUGACAGAUAAUACAGUACAAACUAUUUUAAGGACCACCCAUCAUAACGGCCAACUGGCUAUGUCGACAACCGUUUUAAAUCCCAAAUUGUUCCUUCUAUAUUUGAAUGGUCGAUACACUCACUUAUUGAACCAACCUGCUAACAUCUUUUAUGACCACUUUAAUCAGUACCAAUCAGAAUGUUUUAUCUUAAUUGACACCUACCAAGCGACUAGUUACUUUCACACCUUACUAAAUUUGGGGUUUUGGUUCAAUAGGAAUUGUGUACGACGUCAUUGUGACCCAAUUAAAAGAACAGUAUUGCAUUUACUGUGAGGUGUUAGAUUUUUCGUCCCUUGUUUUGGUUGUGAACCCAUAAUUCUUGAUUGAAAAUUAAUUAAUAUGAUCGAACAAUGUAUGUGUCAAUUGGCUAUUGUUUGGUACACACUUUGAAGACCGCCAAUAAUUUCACAGUUAGGAUGAUUGUGUAAAAUUGUUUUGUUGAUGAUUGAUAUAAAAAUGGCCUGUAUGCCAUACUGUUAUUUAAAUCGGUUAAGCAAACACUUAAAGAGUUGUUUUUAAAAGAAAAGAUUGAUUAAAUCAACACGAGUAAAAGGAAAUACCAUGGGCAGUGGGCGGUUUAUUGAAUAUUGGAAAGAAGGAGGCGUGUCAAUUUUUAUUUUGUUCCGUUUUUCCAAAACAUUUUUUCAUCGGCUCUGUUCGCUUUUUUAUAGUUGAACAUUUAUCUGUUUUUAAAAUUUGUAUGCAGCUGAUAACUUAUUAACAAGAUUGUGACAACAAAACUUGUUCAUAAAAGUUGUUCCAAUUUUGUUUCAUUAUUUUCUACUGAUGUAUUGUUGUGUAAGCUGAAUCAGUGACUCUUUGUAUCAGCAUUAGCCAUUGAAAAAUGUACGCUCACUUUAGAAAUUGUUCGUUAUGAGAAACUUUCCUGUUUAAGCUAUGCUUAAAUUCAUGCAAACAGCUGAUUAACAUUCAUUGAAUAUUAACCAUUUGUAGUAUCGGUCCAACUUGGAAACUCAGCAAUUAAGACUACCUUGCUGUUUAGACCACUUUUAAAAAGUCCCACAUGUGGUUUUUAUAUCUGGGUUUCACUGUAUAUUCAAUAUUCACGUGACCCAAUAGUCCAAUUACAGUAACAGUGUUCACUUCUAUCAGACCAUUGAAUGUCAUUUGACAGUUAAGUUGGUUUAUGUUCAGUUCAAACAAUUGAGGUUCAUCUUGAUUUCUAAUCAAGACAGAAUUCGUGAUUGCUUGACUAAAUUUGGUAGUUUCUGGACUAUUAAUUUCAAUUCACAGAUAAACUUUAAAAUUAAGAAUUUGCCUUAAAACAAAUUGUUAUGUUUUGUUUGCUAAGUCAAUUAUUAAAAUGGCAGCAUUUUAUAUCGCUUCUCUUGCCAAAGGCUCUGAUGAAGUUAAGGAUUUUAUUUGUUCGUCAUGCGAAGAGCAAGCAAAUGCAGAUUUUUACUGCAAAACAUGUUUGAAACUUUAUUGUGGGAAAUGUAUUCAGUUGCAUGACAAAUGAUUUCAAAAACAUUCAACUUAUGGAAGGAAUGACAUGAAAAAUUGGCCACUUUCAAAACAGUUGGUUGAAUUUCUAUUAAAGUGUGAAGCGCACAAGGACAACACAAUUGAAAUGUUAUGUGAAGACCACAAUCAGCUGUGCUGCACAAAGUGUGCCUUCAAAAAUCACAGGUUUUGGCGGCCAUCUUGGUGGCCAUUUUCGACGCCAUGUUGGAUUUCCAAUGCAGUAAAGUGACUCUAAUUAAUGAGCUGACCAACACGCAGCCCACAGACCUACAGGGACUGUCAGUGGAGCUCGAAACUGUUCUGGGAGAAAUCAAAAGCCUUCAGAUAAGUCAGGAGCUCAGUGUUCAGUCAUUGCUAAGAACAUAUAAGGAACAUAGGGCAGUUAUGAUAGAACAAAUGCGUGGCAAUUUAAAUACUAAUAUAGAUAAGUGUUGUAAUAGUUCUGUAGGUACAUUGGGCAAAAAUUUUAAAGAAAAAAUGUGUUGGAGUGUUCUUUCUAUUAUGAAUGAAUUUGAUACUAUUACUGCGAAGGAACUUAAGGAGAUGCAAGAUGAAUUUAUAAGCAUAAAAGGGUCAGUUACAAGUUCUAUUCAUAAAUGCACCAGUCUUCACAAUGACUUGUCACAAUUCUAUGAAAUCGUUCAGAAAAUUGGAGAUAAUAAGGAGCUCUGCCUUAUAGCCAGCAUAAAAUGUAAGCAUAUAAUACAGCAGGCAUUGACUCUGCUAGGAGAGUCAGGCAAGGCGUUUAAUGUCCAGCGGAAGUAUGAGUACAAUGUGAGAAUACCAAGUGAUUCAUUUACAUGUGAUAUCUCAGGCAUAUGUGUUCUUCCUGAUGGGCAGGUACUGGUUGCAGACAGCUAUAAUGAGAGAGUCAAGCUUCUGAACCAGCAGUACCAGGUGGUGAGUCACUGGAAUAUGAAAUCUAGUCCAGUUGAUAUUUGUUUGAUCACACCCAGUGAGGUUGCAGUGGCUGUGAAUACUAUCAACACACAUGAGAACAUACAUGAGGUCCAGUUUAUCACUGUCAAUCAGGGAAAGCUUGUUCCUGGCAGGAAGUUUCAGUUACAACAUGAAUGUAGAGGUAUUGCCCAUCACCAAGGAGACCUUUUUGUCACCUCUGGUAAAGAACUGUACAAAUACUCACUGAAUGGCAAACUGAUCUGCAGACUCUAUGAAGAUUUUGAUUAUAAUACAGUGCGGCAGUGUGCUGUGAGUCCCACAGGGGACAGGCUGUACAUAACCAGCAGGAACCAGAACAAGCUUCUCACCCUGGCCAGGGAUGGUACACUCCUGGCUACAUACACAGACCCAGCACUAGAUGGCCCAUCUGGUCUACAUGUGACCCCUGCAGGCCAGGUGCUGGUCUGUGGAGACUAUUCCCACACUGUACUACAGGUGGGCUGGGAGGGAGAGAGUAAGCUGGCCACUCUGGCUACAUAGAGGGAAGGAGUGUGGUGGCCAAUGUCAGUCUGCUACAGCAGCACAACAUCUUCCAUCAUUGUGGGACAGGUGGGGAGAGACAACAUCCUGGUGUUCAGAGUGGAAUAGUGUGUACAUUCGCUGCUGAGUCAGGACAACGAUGCUGAGGAUGUGGUGGACAAGGAUUACGUGACUACGCAGAAACAACUGCUAAGCACAUAAGACAAAGGAGUAGUGAAAGGCUCAGCCAAAUCAAAGUCCAGGGAUGUGAGGGUGACACAGCCCUUCCAUGUCCUCGUAUUGCAACAUAAAGGACAUUUUAGCUGAAACUAACAAAGGAGAGAACUUUAGAUCUGCACAAGCACAGAGCACCAGCAUUGAUAUCGAGUUUGCCAAGCAACCGCACGAGUCCCGCCUGCAAGAGCCCAAGUCCAGAACGACCCUUCCCCUCCCCUGACUUCUAACUCCUCCCCCUUGACCUCAAAAAGUCAGCAUCGUUGAACAAUUCCGUUCUGCAAGAAAUUCUGAGCAUGAUUUUGUUCUGAACAAACGCAAUGCCCACGUCACGUUUUCCAAACAUAAGCCUGGGUAGUUUUGUUAAGCUAGAGUUCCGGGUGGGCCUGAGACGGACGAGUUUUACAGACACGAAAAGUUAUAGCAGUAGUUAUGGUAACGCCAACAGUCAGUUGUUGCUGUUGGACAUCACAACAAAUAUCAUGAAGAAUCAAAAGUUCAAUAACUUGUUCCAAUCUUGAUGGGACAAACAGAAAUUGAACGGGAGAAAAUCAAGGAACAAUAAAAGCGUAAGCUUUCCUAGUGGGAUACUUCUGCUGUUGAUAGUUUGGACGACAGUAGGGUUACGGACUGCCCCAGAUUGUCCUCUCAGCGACCAAAAUAUCAUAAUAGAAUGGACUUUUGGCAAUGUUACUGACAAAGUAAGGCAGUAAUGACUUGGUUGUGAAUACCCAGAGCACGAUACAUCCAUGCUGACACAAAAAGGUAGUAAUGACUUGGUUGUGAAAACCCAGAGCACGCUACAUCCAUGCUGACAAAGAAAGGCAGUAAUGACUUGGUUGUGAACACCCAGAGCACGAUACAUCCAUGCUGACACAAAAAGGUAGUAAUGACUUGGUUGUGAACACCCAGAGCACGCUACAUCCAUGCUGACAAAGGCAGUAAUGACUUGGUUGUGAACACCCAGAGCACGAUACAUCCAUGCUGACAAAGAAAGGCAGUAAUGACUUGGUUGUGAACACCUCGAGCACGAUACAUCCAUGGGGUGUGCAUCAGACGUGAAUUCUGCCUAUUAUUGUAAACAAGUUGCUAAAAGUGAACACGUCUGGUUUUGUUAUGAGCACUUCCCGCUCAGAGCCCAAAGGUCCUCGCAUUGAAUCGAUGCAAAAGAAGACUUUGAAAAAUGACAGCAGUUGUGUUGUGUGGUCCAGUAAUCCUUUCAACUCUCAACCUGAAGUUUAUCAAAACUCAAACUCAGCCCUUUGCAAUAUCACACCUUGCAACACAGUGUACUUUACCAUGAAUGUUUCACGGAUUAAAACACAAAGAUUUCAAUUUAAAGUUUGUGCGCGUAACAUAUUGAUACAUUGCUAUUCUCAGUUCUAAUUGCGGUAUCCUAAAUAUCAAUAAUAUAUGAAAUGUUUGGCAUUAAAAAAACAGGUGUGUAAAGUUAUUUGUUACAGUGCAUAUUCAUUUGUCACAAAAAAAAAUCAGGGUUUAGUUUGCUUGUCAUUUCCUUUUUAACAAUUUUAGACAACAUAACGAAUGUCGUUUACGUGAAAGUCCAAGACAAUUCCGACCCAGUUUGGGCACAAAUACAACAACUAAUUAAAGAAAUUCAGUUUGUCUUGCGUCAGCCUACAUGUAGCAAGCCUCUUAUAAACAUCUCCCAAGUUGGAUACAUCAACGCUUCCAACAGCGGAACUGGGCAUCGACACAUUGUUCGGAACGAGUCGCUCAAACUGAAACGAUCUGAUCCAACAGAGAGCAGGCUCUGCGUGACUCGUCUGUUAAUGUGACUGACCUGGAUAUGUUGCUUUCCAAUAAUGUGAGCCUUACUUCAGAUUAGCUGUCUGCGAUUGACGCAAUUCAACAACAGUUGUCAGGAAUUUCCGGCUUUGGGAUGGUGAUUUGGCGUCGGGGCUUCAUCUCUGUCUUUGGCCUGGUCGCAUCAGAAGCAGCAACAAAAACAGAACAGAACCUUGAUCUGAGAUAUGGGGCUUCAUAGCCUGUUCCUACAGGAACCCAUGCAAUCAUAGAUCGGUACCUAGCUGAACAACAGGCUGUCUGGUCAGCUGGGCCCAGACGCCCAGUGACACUUCCUGGCCCAGGACCUUGGGGCAAAUGCUCAACUAGUCUUACCCGCAGGGUGGAGCCACUCUGAACCUGGGGCUCCAUACUUUCUUGGCCAGGGGCCAAGAUUACCUCGUCAAUAAGGGACACAUUCCUGGGAUGCCCUAAGGUCUUUCUAUCUGUUCACAGAGGUCUUAUACUCACAAGUUCAAGCUCAGUGAGCGAUGUUCACCAAAUCAAACUCUGCAUCUCAAUAGAAACCCGGAUAUCAAAGCGUUGAGCUUGUUUUUGAAGCAUUUGCACCAGCAACAGUCAUCAUCUCGAGUUACUGGCAUCUCUAUGGUGUGGAACCCUCCUUCUAUGAACAUCAUAACAGCACAUGAACCAGUGGCAGUCAUCAUCUCAAGAUUCUGGUAUAUCCAUGGUGCAGGACCCUCGGUCUGUAAUUAUCAUGCAGAGCGAACCUCAAAUGCCAUUUGACAAAAUCAAAUCAUCCAAUCAGAAACACGGCCUGUCGAAGCAGUUGUUACCAUAUUGACCCCAGUCAAACCUAAGAAGUCCAUAGAUAAAAACUUUUUUAGAUGUGCUAGUCUCAACGUACCUCCCGGUUUGUUCAGCACUUACUCUGACUCAUUGAAUUUUAUGACGGGUGAAAAUGAAUGACCUUGUUCAGUUCGAAAUGGCAAAAUGACACAUCACAACAAUUCAAGUGGAAAGCCAGAAAGUCAUGUCAAUAGCCACAUUUUGUAUGUGUAACAGCCAAGUUGUUUUCAAAGAAAAACAAUAGUUUACGUUUUAUUUUUUAUGUGACCAAUGUUUCAUGGGAAUUAUGAUGCUGUCAGUCUCUUUAUGUUGAAAGUUUUGGUUAAACAUAGCAUGUUAAUUUUUUUUUUAAGCACACAUAUUGCAUUUAUAUCCAAUGUCUUUGUCUGUAUAAUGAAUUUUUCACUCUAAGAUUGUCAAGUCUGUUUAAAUGAUGCUGGUAACUUUGACAAAAUUGGGAAAAAAGAGUAUGUUCAUGUUAUAAGAUAUGUUUCAGUUUUCUGUUUUUACCCGUAAUAUAGAUAAGCUAAUUUAAUGAAUUGUUCUAAAAGGUUUAUAACUUUUAGGCUUCAGCUUUUUCUGUCUAUAAAUCCUUCCGAAAACAAUACUAGUCAAUUUGCUCAUUCGGGUCGGUAUUCGAUCAUGAAUCUUGUUUAGUAGCAUACUAUUUCAUUGGAAUAAUGAUACAUUCUGGGAAAAAUUAUUUAAUCUACCUAAAAUUAUUGAUUCUGUAAAUACCAUUUUGUUGAUUUCAAUGGAUAUUGUUUGUAAAAUUAAUAUAGUAUGACUAUUGCGUGUUUGGGAAAGCUUUUAAUGAAACUGAGAAUUAAAAAAAACAAAAAAACAGAUAAGAGUUUUAUGAAAAUUGGCAAAAAUUAUUAUUGUUAAUUUAUGUUGUUAGAUCAUAGACGUGUAUGCUCACAAUUAUUAAACUUUGUUUUUGGACACAAUAGUUUAUUAUGCUUUAUGUUUGUUUAUGCAUAUGAAGAUGACCAGAGUGUAUCCUCUUAAAUAACUGCGUAACUUAAUCAAGAUUUAUUGAUCACUGUUAAUAUUGUGUAGGUAUAUUUUACCAUUUAUACAUAAAGCAACUGUAGAACAAUUGUAUUUUAAAUGUAAAUUAUUCUUGUAUUGUUGCCAUUUGUAUAAGAUAAACUAGCUGUUUAUCUUAGUUUGUAAAAACCUUUGUAAAAAAACAUUUCCUGUGUGAAUGCUCAUAUAUAUAUUAAACUGUUAAAAUAAUGCACAGUACCAGAAAAAAUAGUCAAUUACACAGUAAGCAAAAGUGUUGUCAUAUACUUACAAUUGUAAAAAAUUGCAAUUGUCUCUAUUUGUAAUAAUAGAGAGCAAUAUUAUUUGCUUUAAAAAUAAAAACAAAGAUGUCUGCUUUGUAAAUUGAUAAUUGUGUUUACAUCUCAACAUAACACGUAAAUACAUUAAAGUCUAAAAGGAUUUUUUGGAAUAAAGACUUAAAUAAAUAUAUGUGCGUAUAUACGCUGAUAAUACAAUUUUACAUUUCAUUUAGUUUUGUAACAGCCCUUUUGACCUUUCACGUUGACCAUCCCACACUUGCUGUGCAGUGCCUUCAUUAGGGUCAUUUUUAUGCUCCCGGUAGGGUGGCAUAUAGCAGUUGAACUGUCCGUCAGUAUGUCAGUCCGUCCGUUUGUCCGAAAAAACUUAAAGAUGGGCCAUAACUUUUUGAAUAUUGAAGAUAGCAACUUGAUAUUUAGCAUGCAUGUGCAUCUUAUGGAGCUGCACAUCUUGAGUGGUGAAAGGUGAAGGUCAAGGUCAUCUUUCAAGGUCAAAUGUCAAAUUUAUGGCGUCUGUCCGUCCGUCCGAAAACUUUAACAUUGGCCAUAACUUUUUCAAUAUUAAAGAUAGCAACUUGAUAUUUGGCAGCCAUGUGUAUCUCAUGGAGCUAAACAUUUUGAGAGGUACAAAGUGAAGGUCAAGGUCAUCCUUGAAGGUCAAAGGUCCAAAAAAAAUCAAAGCGGCGUUCCCAUGAAGCUGCACAUUGUGAGUGGUGGAAGUUCAAGGUCAUCGGUUAAGGUCAAGGUCAUCCUUUAAGGUCAAAUAUAUGGCGUCUGUCCGUCCGUCCGAAAACUUUAACAUUGGCCAUAACUUUUUCAAUAUUGAAGAUAGCAACUUGAUAUUUGGCAUGCAUAUGCAUCUCAUGGACCUGCACUUUUUGAGUGGUGAAAGGUGAAAGUCAAGGUCAUCCUUCAAGGUCAAAUGUCAAAUUUAUGGCGUCUGUCCGUCCGUCCGAAAACUUUAACAUUGGCCAUAAUUUUUUCAAUAUUGAAGGUAGCAACUUGAUAUUUGGCAUGCAUGUGCAUCUCACGGAGCUGCACAUUUUGAGUGGUGAGAGUUGAAGGUCCAGGUCAUCCUUCAAAUUUAAAUGUCAAAUAUAUUAAAAUAAAAAAAAUCAAAGUGGCGUUCUCAUGAAGCUGCACAUUGUGAGUGGUGGAAGUUCAAGGUCAAGGUCAACCGUCAAGGUCAUCCUUCAAGGUCAAAGGUCAAAAUAAUAAUAAAUUCAAAGUGGCGUUCUCAUGAAGCUGCACAUUUUGAGUGGUGGAAGUUCAAGGUCAAGGUCAUCCUUCAAUGUCAAUGGUAUUAAAAAAAUGUUGUUUUUUUCAAAGCGGCGCAAUAGGGAGCAUACUGUGUUUCUGACGAACACAUCUCUUGUUAGUAAAUAUCCCACUGUUUAAGUUCAGCAAAUGUUUUAAGACCAGAUUUUCUUAAACUUGGGUUUGUUAUUAUUUUACUUUUAUUGAAUGAAUGAAACAUGUGUAUUCUGUUGUUGAAUAGCUAAACAUAGCUUGAUGUUUGUAAAUUGUGUGACAAAUGUUGAUCAAAUUGAUACAUAGAAAAAAACACAAUCUUAGUUAACUUGUAUGUGUUAAUUACCAAACACAAAUAUAAGUAUUUGGUAACAAUAUAACUAUUGUCUUUAUUCGAAAUACAGUAUGAAAUGCAAUUUUAAAAUCAUGCCUUUAUAUGUUCAUCUUCUCCAAAUAAGCAUUUUGAAUAAGCAAAUAUAAUAUCUCUAUGGAAAGUAUCCGUAGGCCCCAUGCAAUCGCUUGUGUACCUCAUAUUGAUCAGGGUCUUUCUAAAUUAUUUCAGGCUUGUUUAUCCCUGUCUGAAUUGUGUAAAUAGCUUCAAAAUCGUGAGAUAACUGUUAAGAGGAUUUCAAUAUUAAAAGUUAAAAUAGUAUCUUAACUGUAACCGUACAUUUGUUGCAUUUAUUUUAUGAUGUUUAUAUGUUGUGGCUCACUGAGAUUUAUAUUGUCUAUAAUCUUAUGUACUUUAAUUGUGUUUUUUAAAACAAACAUCAUUAUACUGAUUAUUCAGUUUUUGUUCAACACUUCUAUAUAUACAAGUUGUAUGUAAAUAAUUAAAUAUGUUUAUGUUGAUGAUAUGUAUUUCCCGAUCUAUGUUUGAUGUUGAACUCUCAAUAAACGACAUGUUUUGCCAAUUAAAUCCCGAAUGAUU